UUUUUCUAUAUCAGAUACCUACCCAUUACCUUCCUUAACCAUGGGAUCUUCAAAAGUCUCCAAAAAGGAAAAGAAAGCUCCAAUUUGGGGCAACAGCGUUUCUGAUUUCCGGAAAUUAAAGUCUGAAGAAAAAAAGACUUUGAGCAAAGAUGAAUUGAAGCAAUAUAAAAAGCUCAAACAUAAAGUGAAAAAGCUCAUAGCGAAAAAGAAGCAGGAGGAUAACAAUAGCAAGAACAAUAAGGAAAAUUCAACACAAGCUGCUGAGAAAGAAAGUUCUCCCAAAAAGGUAGCAGCAGCCAAUGCUGCAAAGGAAAAGUCCGAUGAUGGAAACAAGGACUAUUGGCUUGCAUCAAAGUUAUCUGGAGGUAAUCAGAGAAAGUCCAAGUUUUUAAAAAUGCUUGGAAUUCGCGGAGAUGGAGAAGACUCUUCUUCAAAGGACAAUAAGGGUCAAUUCGAACACGAGCGUGAGCGUCAGUUGGAGCAGCAAUACAUAUCUGGAAUUCAUCAAAAGGGAAAUAGAAAGGGUUUGGGAAUGUAAAUACUUUCGAGUGUUCUGGACGACGGCGCUUCAUACAUAUGAAAAGGAUGUUUCAUGCCCUUGUUUCAAGAUGGAUAUAUGAAUUUUAACUUGAGCCUUUCCUACGCGAUAUAUCUUUAGUUUUUUUGAGGGUUUUCGGUUUCAAAAAUACAGUUCAAGUAGUACCUGACAUUAUAGAAUAUACGAAUUAAAAC